CGCCGCGCUCGUCCUGUGCAUCCUGUCCUACCUGCUGGUGGGGGCCGCGGUCUUCGACGCGCUCGAGUCCGAGGCAGAGAGCGGGCGCCAGCGGCUGCUGGCCCAGAAGCGGAGCGAGCUCCGGAGGAAGUACGGCUUCUCCACCGAGGACUACCGCGAGCUGGAGCGCCUGGCACUGCAGGCUGAGCCGCACCGCGCCGGCCGCCAGUGGAAGUUUGCAGGCUCCUUCUACUUCGCCAUCACCGUCAUCACCACCAUCGGGUAUGGCCACACCGUGCCAGGCACGGACUCGGGCAAGGUCUUCUGCAUGUUCUAUGCGCUCCUGGGCAUCCCCCUGACGCUGGUCACCUUCCAGAGCCUGGGCGAGCGGCUGAACGCGCUGGUGCGGCGCCUCCUGCUGGCGGCCAAGCGCUGCCUGGGCCUGCGGCGGCCGCGCGUCUCCACCGAGAACAUGGUGGUGGCCGGGCUGCUGGUGUGCGCGGCCACUCUGGCCCUCGGGGCCGCAGCCUUCGCGCACUUCGAGGGCUGGACUUUCUUCCACGCCUACUACUACUGCUUCAUCACCCUCACCACUAUCGGCUUCGGCGACUUCGUGGCGCUGCAGAGAGACGAGGCGCUACAGAGGAAGCCGCCCUAUGUGGUCUUCAGCUUCCUCUACAUCCUCUUGGGGCUCACGGUAAUCGGCGCCUUCCUCAACCUCGUGGUCCUGCGCUUCCUGGCAGCCAGCACCGACGCGCCAGAGCGUGCUGCCCGCCGCGCCAGCCCGCUCCGCCUGGGGGCGCCCGAGAGCCAUGGCCCCGCUCUGCCCCGCCGCCCGCCCCGCCCCGGGGGCUCCUCUUCAGUCUCCUACCGCAUCCACCAACUGGAGAUGUGGGCCCGCGACAAUCUAGGCUUUUCGCCCCCCGCGAGCCCGGGGGCUGUGGACAGCGGCGGGGCAGGCAGGCCCCUAUCCCAGAGGCGGAAGUCCAUCUGACAGCCCUACCCCAACCGGGG